AGGACAGUCUCAUCUGCCUGGAUUGCUUUAAAUAGAAGGGGAAAAUCAACAGAGGAGCCAGCAAAGCUCAUCUGACUUCUAAGGACUGAUUUUCUGACCCUUUUUAUUGUCUGCACUCCUCUGAAAAUCUCCUCCACCUUUUACUUGCACCGUCCUGCCUUUUGCAAUAGAGGAAAGCCCCUGAAAUUUUUUUCCACCCUUUUGAAAGAAUCCACCUCAGCAGCCAGACACCGAGCUUCAUUUCUGUGCCAAAGACAUGAAGCACCGUCUGGGCUUCUUGCUGCAGAAGUCAGAGUCCUGUGACUACAGCUCUUCCCAGGGCAAGAAGGAGAAAAUAUCUGCAAGCCAGAGGGUGAGCCCAGAGGAGGUCAGGAAGUGGGCAGUCUCCUUGGAAAACCUGAUCCAUCACGACAGAGGACUGGCUGCUUUCCGUGCUUUUCUUAAAUCUGAGUACAGCGAGGAAAACAUCGAGUUCUGGGUCAGCUGUGAGGACUACAAGAAAACCAAGUCACCAGCCAAGCUCAGCCCCAAGGCUAGAAAAAUCUACAAUGAGUUCAUCUCGGUGCAGGCAACAAGAGAGGUGAACCUGGAUUCGUGCACACGGGAGAAGACAAGCCACAAUAUGCUGGAGCCUACGCUGUCCUGCUUUGAUGAGGCUCAGAGAAAAAUAUUCACCCUCAUGGAAAAGGAUUCUUACCGCCGUUUCCUCAAGUCCCCCUACUACCUGGACUUGGUCAGCCCACCUGGUGCCGGCUGUGGGCCCGAAAACUGCAAAAGGAGCCACGCUCACACCUUAGACUGCAACUCUAAUGUCAUCUCUCAGUGUGCCUGAACCUGCAGCAGGGCGGGAGCGCACUGGGCUCUCGCGAGAAUAUACGGCAGCAAAAGCAUUCAUUGGCAUGAAGCAACAGAGCUGUCUCCAAUAGCUGUCCAGUGUCCCGGUUGUGUCCCAUGUCACGCAACAGCCAGCAUUUGUAACCCACGCCAGGCUCAGUGUGUGCAGCAAACCCUCCUCUGACUCCAUCGCUGCGGGAGCCCCGG